AUAGAGGAAGCAGGAACAGGUGGCUGUGAGAGGUGGGGAGAAGGCCUGCAGGGCAGCAGUGGCUGGAGUCCCAGCUAGGAUGGGCUCUCUCUGGGGCCUGGCUCUGUCCCUUUUUUUCUGCUUCUGGGAGGCUGGAGCUGCUGGGAGCUCUGCAGGCCCCAGCACCCGCAAACCAGGGCUUCUAGUGACAAUGAACCACACAGAACUGCCUGCUGUGACUCUGGGGGUCAACACAAGCUCAGAGGGAGCUUCCCAUUCUAUCGGCCUUGCUGAGCCCUCUGUGCAGAGCCACAUCCCUUUAGAAACUCAAACCCUGGACACCCAGACCUUUGACAGGAUCUUAAUACCAGCCAGCACCAUCUCAGAAUCAGAGACCAGGGAAACCAAAACCAUAUUUUCUGCAACAGAGACCAGGGCCCUCACAAAAAUAACACCUUCCAAGUUCAUGGUUGUGAUGACUGUUCCCGUGGAGACAUCAGCCACAAGUGGCAGUUCCUCAGAAGCUGGAGCAACCACAAUGGAGACUGUUACAGGUAGUGAUCUCUUGGUCUUUGGUAUCCUCUGCACUGAUGACAGCUCUGAAGAGACAAAGAGGAUCACAACUGAUGCCUUGCCAUUGGCUCACAUGUCUGCAGAAGCCAGGGCUCUGGCCUUGGAGAACAGCUCAGUUCCAGCCAUCACUAGCUCACAAACCCUGGCACCUGACAUCACAGUUCCAUCUAAAGCCUUGGUUGCCUACACCAUCGCUGACAUUGCGGUUACCAAUUGCAGCACUGUAGAACUAGAAACAACUGCCAUCAUUGCUGGGACCUCAGACAUAGAUCAUAGCCCGACAGGAGAAAGGGGGACCCUGUCCACUCCUGAGACGUCAGCUUUGCCUGACUUUACUGAAGCAAAAUCAUACCUCACUAAGAUCAUGACCUCUUCUGAGACCUUGUCAACAGCCAGCACUCCUGAUACCACAGUUGAGACCCCACACACCGCCAAUAGCACCACAGAAGGAGAAUCAACAGCAGCCCAGGCCGCCACCUCCAGUGGAACUUUAAUGACAAUAACCAUAAACCCCUUGGAACAAACCUUACCCCUCUCUGUUGAGACAGCAAGCCAUACUAAGGUCUCAGGAGCAGUUACAAUCUCCACGGAGGCUGGAUCAACAGUGGGCAAAGUGACUUCCUCUGCUGGGUCCUCAGGUAUGAUCUACAGUCUUUCAGAAAUAGCCCCCAUCCAGAAAUACACCCACUCAGAGACGUCUACCACACACAGCACAACCAGUGGGCCUGUUCCCAUCAGCAGGAGCUCUAUUCCUUCUGUCCUUCUGACUACAACCAACAGCAGCCAAGAAACUGGUAUCACCUCAGCCAAGACUACAGCUUCAGCAAAGACUUCAAAGACAGCCAGCACAGCUGGAGGGAAGCCAGCAGCCACACCUACCACUUCUCAGACAAGGUGGACCACAGAAGAUACUACAGAUGGAGAUGAAGGCUUCCUCCUCCUGCGACUGAGUGUGGCCUCCCCAGAAGACCUCACUGACCCCAGAGUGGCAAAAAGACUGAUGUACCAGCUCCACCAUGAACUGCACACCCACAUGCCUCCCACCCAAGUCUCCCUGCUGCAUGUCAGGAGGGACUAAAGAACAUCAGCUGCAGCCAGGCAUGACUGUGUGCCAAGAGUGGGGCUGUACUGCUUAUGGCCUGAGACCCACAGCAGAAUGAAGUCCGUUACUACACCAAGAUGUACCUGGAAGGUUCCCAUGAAGGUCAGCUGGCCUAACCCUUAAUCCCAGACAUGGCAGUGGGACCCUGGCUCACAGAUGCCUGAGUUGUGUGGGGAUUGGGGCUUCCUCUGUUCUAUAUAUCCUUGGACUUACCUUGCAUAUAGACUGUCUUUCUGUAAAGAGUAACCUUAGAUCACCCAUCUGUUAUUGACUAUGUGCUUCCAUCUCACAAUAAAAUUAUACUCAGUGUGACCCAAA